AUGAGCAAUGCUGCACAGGGCUCGUGUCAAAAAACAUUCUUGACAACUUGCUUCUCGAGUGCAGCCAUGCAAACACUGGACGAGUUCAUUGCCGAAAUCCCGACGCUAGAUGAAUUCCUUGCGCCCAUCCAGACGCUUGAAGAGUUUGUUGAUGUGGCAGGGUCAUCGAGCACGAAGCGCCCCGCGAAGGUCCAGGAAUCGACAUCCAGACUUGACGCAGCAGAAGGUCAACGUCGCCCCCCCGUUCAGACGCAUGCGGAGCAUGCGGAGCAGGCAAACCAUGUGCCAUUCGAGCUGAUGGCAUCUGUCGGAACUUGGCUAAGCUUCAAGCCCUUCGUUGAGCCAGUGAAGGCAAGCAUGCUGGACUGUUUGACCCCGAACAGGAGGAUGUCGGAUGCGUCGACAACAGCCAGCUCUCCAGAGUCGGAGGUUUCUACUGUUCUUCCAGCCGGAGACAUUGCAGAUCCACAGGAUCUUGAGGACAAGGCCGAGACGUCAAAUGCAAAGGCGUCAGCAGCGUCGAUGAGGAGUGACACGGCGGCAGCAGAGGAGUCCCUCGACCAGAUCGAAUUCAGGGACAUCACGAAGGUUGGCAAGCUCGGAAAAGGGGUGGCCUUGGUCCGACACCAGAAGACCGGCUCGCACUACGUGUUGAAGCGGCUAGAUGCUUCAGCGAAGGCCAUGAACGAAAGGAAGAUGCUCCAAAUGUGCCAGUCAAGCUUCAUAGUCAAGCUAGUGGCAACUUUCAAUGUCAAGCCAUACUUGGUGCUCCUCAUGGAAGCAGGGCUGGGCGGCGAGCUGCAUGCGACUUACAUGCGAGAGAACCUGUUCUUCAAGGAGGAUGUCACCAAGUACUACGUGGCUGCCACGGUCCUUGCCCUCGAGUAUUUACAUGGCCGGAAUAUCAUCCAUCGCGACCUCAAGCCGGAAAACAUUGUGUUGGACCACACGGGUCGCAUGAAGCUCACGGACCUUGGUGAAGCGAAGGAAGUGUUGCCAGGCACAAAAGCCCACUCGUUGCGGACAACUCCUGCUUUUAUGGCGCCGGAACUGGUGGAAGGCAUGCCCUACGACAGGGCGGUGGACUGGUGGGCGCUGGGCGUCAUGGCUUUCGAGUUGUACUGCAGCGAGCUCCCCUUCUCCGAAGUAGAGGAGAUCCCGAGCGGCAUCAAUUUCGAGAAGGUGCAGGGGCGAUUGCCGAACAAUCUUAGAAGCCUGAUCGCGGGGCUAUGCGCUCGCAAUGCCAGUGAGCGUUUGCCCAUGAAGGCUGGCGGCUCGGAGAAUAUCAAGACGCAGGCGUGGUUCACGAACUUCGCAUGGGAUGAUAUCGACACCAUGCCCCCGCCAUUCGUACCGAAGGACUUCAUUCAGCACACAGUUAAGGCUCAACAGAAUCGCUCAAAACGCUGA